GCAAGUUCUGCUUUAGCUGUUUGUACUGUCACGUAGACCACGUUCAGACACAACAAAAAUAAAUGUUCCACUUCGUGUGGGUUGUUUGGCAAGACGAGUGAGCAUUUUCUCAUCGUGAACGAUAGAGAGUACAGUCUCUACAGAGUAGGCUAGAGGAGAAGGCCUGACACUGACAGGGCCAAGACCAACAACAGUUACUAGUGACACAGCUAUUUGGUCAGCCUUUGAGUAAAAUCUGAUCCGGCAAAAUCUUUUUCUUUUCCAAACCACGGAGGUGGUUGUCGCCAACAGUAGGGGCUAUGUAGUGCAAGAAACAGUGUAUAUCGUAUCAGGUAGUUUUGGAUCCGUCCACCAAAUCGAACAUGUUCUAGUCCAUUGACUCAUAGGCAGCCUUGCUGAGAGCUAGAACUAGAUCCACUUCAGGGUACGAAGUAUUGGUGGUGAAGUGGAAAAGUCAGAAUGCUAAAUGUGACUAGUGGCCAACAACGAUGGCGUUUCGACACGUCGGCAAUUUUUCUGAUUCAGCUGCUGUUGUUCGUGUUAUAUGCUGGGACGUGUACGGCCACGAAUGUGAACACGUGGGUGGAUUGUGGCAAUGAAGGUGAAGUGUUCGUUACAAGUACCCCCAAAACCUGGGAUGGCGGUGAAGAGUUCUGCCAGACACUCAGCAGCCACCUGGUCAGUUCUCCUCAAGUUACAGCCUGCAAAGCUAUGCUAGUGGGAAUACUUGGAAAGGUGACAGUCUAUGUCAGCUACACAAGAUUGCUUGAUAAACUUCACUUCCGCGAUGUUGGGAACAAUUUAAAAAUUUCUGACAAUACCGUUACCAUCUAUCAAGGCUUGGAUGAUUGUUCCAGUCAAUACCUUGGCGAUGAUUCACAGCCACAGGACGGGCAUUGCAGUACAUCGCGUCCUAUCGUUUGCGGAAGGAAUACCAAUACACAAGCAGCUUCUAUAGUGUGUGACUCACACAUGUAUACAUACCAUAGCAUCUCAUUCUCAGCAGAUCAUGCAAACCAGACGUGCUAUCAACAAUAUGGUGGUCGUCCAUUGUCUACAGACGGGCAGGAACUCAGCUGUGCCUCACAACUGCUGAACACAUCGCAAGUCUUGCAUGACAACAACAUCAGCUACAUACCGGUAUACACCAACGCCACUAAUGGGUCUCAUUGCACUACCUACCAACCAUCAACCAACACAGUAGGUCAAGACUCCUGCACCAUGGCACGACCAACAAUCUGUGUGUCUCUCUACUGCAACGACAGCAACAACUUGGUAGCAGCACGUAAUGAAGACCGGUGUAUGUGUAGACCUGGUUAUAUCAGGACAUCCGCACACAGAUGUGAAUCCAUUGUCGACAAGCUAAAUAUAAACGUUACUGGCGAAGGGCUUGGGAGUUCAAACGUCACUGUUUUCAGCUUGAUUGAUUCAGAGUGGAGGGUGCAACGUGUGUUCACACAGAAUACACUUAGCCCAAGACCGACUACCACGCUUCCGUAACCUCUUCAUCCGCAGUCACCAUAGAUCGUAGUAGUUGCAUCACAGAUACAGGUACAUCCAUCAACUUCACGCUAUCGGCCCGCAGUGAGAAUGGUACUGAUUCUACAAUAACUACAUGUACGUCCCGGGUGAACAAGGCGAUCAUUUAUUCCACUCUCGUAACAGCAUUGUUAAUGACGGAGAUCUUUGCAGCCAUCACACUGAUAUACAUAACAUACCAGGCAAGAAACUAGGUCUUAGUUACAAUCGCAAUUCCUGCACUUUUGUUCUCUUUUUCUUUAUAUCCCUUUUUUCCCAGUAUCUCAUAAUAGUCACAAAUGUAAGAGUACUCCGUAAAUCUUUUGUUGUUUCAGUUGGUCUCAUUGUGUUUGUCAUAUUAUGGUAUAAAGUUUGUUGCCUGAUGAUUGCGUAAGCAUGAAACUUAAAGUAGCAGCAAACAAGCCUUGAUUGUCCUUGUUGUUCUGUUGUGUAUUACGCUCUGCCUUUGUGGUGUUGAGCACUGUCAAGCACUCUGGGUACAUCCUUUGGUAUAAAGUGAUAAAAUAAGUUGCUAAAAUAUCGCAUGUACUUCAUCAAUGGUAGUUAACGUCUCUUCAAAUUGAUAUGCAGUACACUGUACCUAUUGAUACAUUGAUUGGUACAUUGAUACGUUGAUGCGUUCAUAGGAUAAUCAUUUAUUUUAUAAUAGUUUUGAUGUAAAUUGUAUUACGGUUUGGGUUUGACAAUCUUUAUUUUACACAUGCAUUUUCCUGAUUUCUUCUCCAGUGUAUGUUGUAUUGCAUUUUAAUCCAUUGAGGCUUGUAUCACAUAAUUGUUUUAAGUACAUUGCAUCUGCGACGUAGGCAGUAGGUAUACGCCUCAACCCUCCAUGCUCACUUUAGCUACAGGAUGGUACAAGACUGCAAGUUGUCCAUUUUGAAAUUUCGCAGUUUUGCAUGUGUUGUUUUGAUAUAUGCAUGCUCUUUUGUACUUGUUUGUAAUUGUGAAUACUAUGCAUGGUGG